AUGGGAGGCCCGGCCCCCCGGCUGCGUCUGGCUGACGGCCCCCACGGGUGUGCCGGCCGCCUGGAGGUGUGGCACGGCGGGCGCUGGGGGACCGUGUGUGAUGAUGCCUGGGACCUGCGGGACGCCGCCGUGGCCUGCCGCGAGCUGGGCUGUGGGGGUGCGCUGGCCGCCCCCGGAGGCGCCUUCUUUGGGGAGGGCGCCGGACCCAUCUUCCUGGAUGACCUUCGGUGUCGGGGUAACGAGACAGCCCUGCGAUUCUGCCCAGCACGGCCCUGGGGCCAGCAUGACUGUCACCACAGGGAGGACGCUGGGGCUGUGUGUGAUGGUAUGCCUCUUGGAUAUGUCCCUCCCACGGCCCCGGCAGUGGACAGCAACGGCUCUUUGCCCAGGGAGGCAGCGUCCAGGCCUCUGGCCCCCACAGUGAGCCAGGCCCCAGGGACAGCAGGUGUCUCACCUCCUCCUGUCUCCCUCACUGUCCCUCGGGAGCCUGGACCAGAAGCUGGGUCCCCCCAGCUGCGCCUGGUGGCAGGGCCCAGCAGGUGUUCAGGUCGGCUGGAGGUGUGGCACAAUGGGCGCUGGGGGACGGUGUGUGAUGACAGCUGGGACCUGCGGGACUCAGCUGUGGUCUGCCGGGAGCUGGGCUGCGGCAGAGCUCGGCAGCAGGACCCUGCGGCUGGCCGCUUUGGCUGGGGGGCUGGCCCCAUCUGGCUGGACGACGUGGGGUGCUUGGGGACCGAGGCCUCACUCUCAGACUGCCCCGCUGCGCCCUGGGGGAAGCACAACUGUGCUCACAAUGAAGACGUUGGAGUCACCUGCACUGACACCCCUGGCCUGGACUCCAUCGCAGACCCCUUCAGUUGGAGCUGGAUCCCUGGCCUGGGUAGAGAUCCGGAUGCCUGGCUCCCUGGGGAACUGGCCACCAAGCCCCCCGCAAAGCUGACCCCCAGUGUUCCCGAGAAAACCACCACCAAGGCCCCAGGGAAAAUGCCCAAGAGUACUAAGAAGUGGGUGACCAAAAAUGCAAGGAGACCGACCACUCAGCCCCCUGCGAUGCCAACCACUAAACACUCCAGGGUCCUGGGCACCCAGAGGCCCCCUGAACUGACCUCACGUACCACCACAACCCUGACCACUGAAGCCUCCCGAAGAACAGUUUCUGAGUCUACUACCAAGUUGACCACUGAGGUUCCCCACAGGAUGACCUCACAUACUACUGCAACACGGACUCCCCGGGCCCCCCGAGAACGGACCGCUAAGACCGUGACAACAUCAACCACUCAAGGCCCCCGAGAAAUGACCUCUGAGGCCAUGGUGCAGCGAAUCCCUCUGGCCUCCACGGAGCCAUCUGCUGACACCCCAGCACAAGGUUCUCCAGAGUCUUCCAAAGACCCAGCCCCCUCCCCCACUGGGAGCACCGCUGGGGGAUCAGGCCCGUUCCGGGUGCGUCUGGCCGAUGGGCCCAACCGGUGUGCUGGCCGGCUGGAGGUGUGGCAUGCUGGGCGCUGGGGGACAGUAUGCGAUGACAGCUGGGACCUGCGGGACAGUACCGUGGCCUGCUGGGAGCUGGGCUGUGGAAGGGUCCGGGCCCGAGUGGGCAAAACCCACUACGGCCCCGGGACCGGUCCCAUCUGGCUGGAUGACGUGGGCUGCAAGGGAAUGGAGGCCUCGCUGAGUGACUGCCCUGCUAGGGCAUGGGGCCAGCACAACUGUGACCACGAGGAAGACGUGGGCCUCACCUGCACUGGCUACGCGGAUGAGGAUGAUUAUCCUCCCUGGACCUGGGAUCCCACCUCGGGAGAGGACCUGGCCAAGGCGACCACCGCUGCAGGGGUACCUGGACACAGGCUCUCCUGGGGCACCACCAAGAGCCCAGGGGCCCCCUCCCCGGCGACAAGGCAUCUUCCGGACACAGGUGAGGUGCACGGCCAGGGUGCGGAUGGGGCCCCCAUCAAUUUGUGUGCGCCUCCCGGCAGGGCUUCCCAAGACCCCAAACCGCGACACCUGAGACUGGGCCCCUCCAUCCAGAGCCCAGAGACCUCCCAGCUGGCCGAGGUCACCACGCCAUCCUGCAGCGCCCUACAGCUUGGCCCGUGCGGCCGACCUGAGUGUCCUUUCACCCCUGCGGCCACACCCGGAGCCUCACGCACGCGCACUCCGCUGUCCUCGGGAGGAGGAGUGGGCCCAAUCCGCUUCACGCCCCGUGACGCCACAGGCGCGCUGCGCCUCCUGAUUGGCCGGCAGACCCACGCCCGCGCGCCCCCUCGUGGCGGAGACGGUCAGACGCGGGGCAUGGAGUUCCUUCUUGGAGUGGGCGGGAGGGGAGGCGACUACGUGAGCUCAGAGAAGUGCAGAAUUGCGAGCCGCUCAAGGGAGAUCUCGGGGUAG